UGUUAUUAGCUUAGCUUCGUCGUGCUCACUACGAAUAACAAACUGUGUAACUUUACCUUAAUUUUAUGUCUGUUACUGUCAGAGUUGUGUGAAGUUUGCAGGCUGUGCCACGUCUUUUUAUUUUUAAACUAAAUACUGAAGUGUGUUUUGCAAUGAGAUUUCAGUGCGUACUAGCAAAUGUGAGUCAUCUCCCCGCUAAAUAAGGCACAGUUUAAGUUAAAGCUAACGACCUCGUUCAAAUUAACCUAAGAUAAUUUACCCUUAAUAUAUAUAGAAAACAAAUAGGAACAUAGUCUCACUCGGUUUAGCUAAAUAUUUAAAAGAGAAACUUAAAUAACACUUCAAUUAACGUAACUGCUGCCUUCGUCAGUAAUGGUGCCUUACAUUCAGGUUUAAGGUAACGCUAACAGGUGGGUCCUCUCUUCAGCAGAGACAGCUCUGCUUUCAAGAAGACAUUGAGAUUUUUGCUCUGAUGUAGAGCUGCAGACUGGCUGUCCUGUCCUUGGUGUUUACAUCCCUGUCACCGUUUCAAUGGGGAAAAGGAAAGACAUGAUUCACCCCAGGUUUCUCGGUGAAGGAAGCUCUAGCCUGCACAGCGUCCACAAGCGAAAGCACAAAAAACACAAGAAGCACAAGAGGAAGCACCAUAGUUUCCCAGAGGCCCCGGAGCCCGAGCCCAUCAUGGUUCCUCGGCCCCCUCCACAGCUCCGACUCAAGAUCAAACUGGGAGGACAGACGCUGGGGACCAAGAGCGUUCCCACCUUCACCGUGCAUCCUGGUGUGGCUCGUCCUCCCUCUCCGCUGAUGAUUAUUCAUAACACUGUUGAUGAUGAUGACGACAACGAUGAAGAUGAAGAUGAUGACGAUGACGAUGACGACGAGCCCUCUGUGCCCCUGGAGCAGUACCGGGCCUGGCUGGAUGAAGACAGCAACCUGGCCACAUCCCCCCUGCCAGACAUGGACUCAGACUCCAUGCUGGGCGGGCCUGUGGAUGAGGAGGAGAGGUGGCUGGACGCUCUGGAGAAAGGAGAGCUUGACGACAACGGAGAGCUGAAGAAGGAGAUUGACGAGUCUCUGCUCACAGCCAGACAGAAAGCCCUGCUACACAAGCAGCAGAGCCAGCCUCUCCUGGAGCUCCCCAUGGGUUACAAGGAGAAAGAGAUGACCGCGGAGAUGAUGCAGAAGCGGGAGGAGCGAGCCCGAAAGAGACGCCUGCAGGCCGCCAAGAAGGCAGAAGAGAACAAGAACCAGACGAUAGAGAGACUAACAAAAACCAGCAAGGCCAAGAACAAAAGCAUGAAAGAGAGGAAGUCCAAGCAGAGUCAGUGUCCCAUGAUCCGGUACAGUGACUCCGCCCAGGGCAUGGCCAUCUCCUUCCCCGCAGGUGUCACCGCUCCAUCUCCGGCACCUUCCCGCCCUCCACCUGCAGCCCUGGUGAACUGCGGGGUCAGCGGCUGCACCAACUCCAAGAAGUACUCCUGCUCAAAGACCGGGGUUCCUCUCUGCAGCCUCGAGUGUUACAAGAGGAACCUGCUUGUUCAGGGCGUAGCAUGAACUUCAAAGGGCAGAAUAUAUUCCAAAUGGACGCAGGUGUAGUUGUGUUUACGUGAGGGUGUGAUGACGGAGUGUACAGUCCAUGUGGUCAUCGCGAUUUAUGUUACAUGGACCCUCGUGACUUCACAGGUGUAGAACAAAAAAUCUUUUCAGGACUCAGAAUUCAAAUACAGUGUGGAUUUACUUUUUAUCUACUGUUGCUAGCGAUGCUAGUUAUGCAGUUCAAUUAUGUAUAUUGUAAAAUAUGAAGACAAAAACCUGUAUAGCAGUCAAUCAAACAUUAUACAUUUAUGAUUUGCAUCGGUGGAGUUAAAAUACUCAAAAACAAAUAUUUUUUAAGUUUGGAGACAGAGUAGCAUUAUUUCUACUAGCUUGAACUAUUUUUUAUUUUGUUAGCAAUGUGAAUUAUACUAAAAGACUAACAGAUGUCAACACCAAGCAAUUUGUUUGGAAAGAAUAAGAGAGACUGUUUUUGCUUCUUUAAUCUCAAUGUUCAUUUUAGUAACAAAUGACUCAAUUUCCAUACAAAACUGUACAUCUUAAAUUAAGUAACAAAUGAAAUGCCUUUCCAACACUGCAUACAACUUGUGAAAAUAUCAAUACAACCUUAUUUGCUUA